GGAUAGGAUAUUUUAUGCAAUGAAGACGUCUACACGAAUUAUAUCACUCCUUCUUUUAAUAAUUUGGAAUUUACUACUCACAAGUAGUUGGAAAUUAUCAGUAAAACAUGUUAGCACAUAUUUAACGCUUGUGUAUGUUCAUGGCGGUAAUGAUGCACGCCUUAGUCAUUAUGAUGCAAUGAGAUUUUGUCAAAAGUUGUCUGGAAAUAUCCAACUUAUUAAUGAGACAUUAAUUGAGAAUGCUACAAGACAUAAUAUUUCCUUAAAUGACUAUAUAAAUACAACACUGAAUACUAAGUAUCUCAAUCAUUCGAAAAAUAUUCUGUACGGUGAUUUAGUAUCAAUUCAUAGCUCAUCUAUGAUACAUGUAAUAAUGGGUUGGGUUUUAUCCACAGAAGCAAGACAAUUUUGGAUUGGUGGAUUGAUUAAAUUAAUUGUGCAUGAAUUCAAUGGUCAACAUAGACAUGUAAUACAAACGUGGACAGAUCAUACACCUGUAACUUUACGUUUUCUACAUCAUCAUAGUCCUGUAUUAGAAAAUUUAAGAGCAAAUGAUAUUGCUUGUCUAUCAAUAGAUUAUGCUAGUGGUAAAUGGGGUGUACAUUAUUGUACUGAAACAAAAUAUUUUGUAUGUGAAUUAUUGAGUAUACCAAAUAGACGAGUGAUAAUAAGUCGACCACAUCAAGCUAUUACUCCUAAUACUACAAUCACUUUACAUCAUAAUCAUACUAUAAAUAGAAAUAAUUCAAGAUCAAGAGUCAUAAUUAUUCAUUUACAUAGUCGUGGCCAUUUAGAUAAUAUUAUGAAACAUCUUAAGACUGCCUCCAAUUCAACAGUAAAUGUUACUUCACAUAAUACAAAUUCAACAACAGUUGGAAUGACGACGACUACACCUACAACUACCGUGAAGUUGAAUGGAAAUACUACACAUGAAACACAUGGAAAGAAGUAAACUUCAUAAUUGAACGUUUACAUUACAUGUUGUAAAGAAGAAAAAAUAAAAGGUUUGUCGACCACUUCAUUUGUUAUUAUUUUUAGAAUAGGUAUUGUAAUAAAUAACUAUCUGAAAGUCAAUGUAACAUUAAAGUAAUACCUAACUACA